GAUUUCACCGGCGCCCAAGUGUGUAAUCUAGCCGCGGUAGAAGCGAGCCGCGAGCGUGCUCACCAGCAACACCCGCAGCAGCAAGCGCGCGCGCGCGCGGCGUGUCAUCCAUCCAUGGACCCGCAGAGCGGCUUCUGCCCGAGCACGAGGACGUUCCGCAGCCUGCGCCCACCGAUCCCGCUGCCGCCGGAGGACGCGGCGGUCUCCUUCCCGUCCUUCGCCUGGUCGCGCCUCCCGUCCCCGCUCCCGGCCGCGCACCCGGCCUUCGUCGACGCGUCCACGGGCGCAUCGCUCUCGUUCCCGGCGCUCCUCGCCCGCGUCCGCUCCCUCGCCGCGGCCCUGCGCGGUGGCGCGCUCGGCGUCGCCCUCGCCAAGGGCGACGUCGCGCUCGUGCUCGCGCCGCCCAGCCUCGACGUCCCCGUGCUCUACCUCGCGCUGCUCUCCCUCGGCGCCGUCGUCUCGCCGCUCAGCCCGGUGUCCGCGCCCGCCGACGUCGCACGCGCGGUCGCCCUGUGCGACCCGUCCGUCGUCUUCGCCACCUCUGCGACCGUCGGCAGCAGACUCCCCGCCGCCGCGUCAGGGAAGGUGUCCGUCAUCCUGCUGGACUCGCCGCGGUUCCAGUCGUUCCUCCUCCACGGCCACGACGACGAACCUGGGGCCGGGGCCGCCGCCGCCGCAGGCGUGCCCGUGCCGACAACGCCGGUCGAGGUGGUGCGGCAGUCCGACGUGGCGGCGAUCGGCUACUCGUCGGGCACGACGGGGCGAACCAAGGCCGUGGCGCAGUCGCACAGCCGCCUCAUCGCGUCCGCGCUGCAGCACCGCUCGCCGCCGACGCGGCGGACGCCCGGAGGCCCCGCGGUCGUCACGCUCCUCGGCGUGCCCAUGUUCCACUCGUACGGCUUCCACAUGCUCCUGCGCGGGGUGCUGAUGGCCGAGACCACGGUCGUGGUCACCGCCACCCGCGGCGGCGCGGCGGCCGUGCUGGACGCCGCCUCCAGGUGCGGGGCCACGCAGAUGUUCGUCGCGCCGCCUGUCGUGGCGGCCAUGGCGCGGGGAGGAGGCGGCGUCGGCCCGGAGGGGUUCCCGGAUCUUCUUCGGAUCGUCUGCGGCGGCGCGCCGCUGAGCACCGCCGCGGCGUCGGCGUUCCAUGAAAGGUUUCCCGACAUCGAGCUGUUUUUGGCACUAGGCUCAACUGAGGGUGGCGUGAUAUCGAACAUGGUCUAUCGUGAGGAAUCUCAUCGUAUAAGAUCAGCAGGUCGGCUAUGUAGCGGUGUUGAAGCCAAAGUCGUUGACAUUAUUAGUGGUGAACUCUUAUCAACCAAUGAGCAAGGCGAAUUAUGUAUCCGAGGCCCAAGUGUCAUGCUAGGAUAUGUUGGUGGUGAUGAAACAAGCAAUCAAGCAUUUGACUCUGAUGGCUGGCUUAAAACUGGUGAUCUAUGCUAUUUUGAUGAGGAUGGCUUCCUUUACGUUGUUGAUAGACUAAAGGAUAUAAUUAAGUACAAGGCAUAUCAGGUUGCACCAACGGAGUUGGAGGAUGUGCUGCAUUUGAUACCUGGGAUAUUGGAUGCUGCAGUUAUCUCAUACCCAGAUGAAGAAGUAGGACAAAUACCAAUGGCAUUUGUUGUAAGGCAAAAUGGGAGCAAAAAUCUUACAGAAGACCAAAUAAUGGAAUUUGUUGCCAAACAGGUUGCCCCUUACAAGAAGAUACGUAAAGUUUGUUUUGUUGAUUCAAUACCACGGUUGCCAUCAGGCAAGUUACUAAGGCGCGAGCUGCAUAAACACAUGACGCUUAACAGCCGGUUGUAACACGUCAUCCACCACUGGAGUCUACGUGGAGAUAUAUUGGAGGAAAAUAUCACAAGAUACAAUAUCGCAAUGGAUCUUUUCAUCCCAAACUAUCAUCAUCGUAUGUAGUAUGUUAGGGUUCGAGAACUCCAGCAAAGAUGUGGGGUGGAAAUGAAUGAAUAUGCUCUUAAUUUAUUUCAAUCUUAACAUUGACUCAUGUCCCUAUACAUGUCUGGUAUGGGGUACCCUGUAGUACAAGCCUAUAAGGAUCAAAUGCAUACACGUUGUAUAUAUUGACCA